UUAUUUGCUUUGCUUCGCACACCAAUGCAAAGCAUAGUAUUCUCUUUUAUUGUAUGAAUCCUUACAAAUAAUACAAAAAUUAUUUAAAACAAAAUGAUUUGAAACGGUCUUUGGAGUUUGUAAAUACAAGUUUGAUUUACUUGAAUUAAAAGCAUACAAAAAUGCUUGCUUCUAGUUGCACAUCCGACAACCCUAUUGCGUGCUGCUUGGAGAUCGCCACUUCCACUGACAGCUGAGUGAACAUCUGAGCUCGACUUGCCGUUGCGGGCUUGGUCAUUCUAAAGCGUGACUCCACUUAAAGCGGGUGUGUCGUAGAAAAGUACCCACAAGUACGCUAAUAGCAAAGUAAAUGAUAUUCGGCUGACCGCGUGUGAGCAUAUCGUGAUAGGAGAACUCGUGUGUGUGCCUAGUAAAUAAUGCAAAAAAAUAUUUACAUUGGAAAUCUCUCAUAAAUAAUUUGUAUUGCUAACAUAUUUUACAAUUAUUCUUUUUAUUAUAUACUAUACUAUGAAUAUAUAUAUCCACAUGCAUAAAUAAUUCUGCUAAUUGAACUGAUGCAUAUUGUUUGAUAUACACAUGUCAUUAGUGUGUUGCUAAUGAUAAGAUUUCACGGUGUUUAGCUGGAUUGCAUCCAGGCUCGUGCCAAGAUAUUUACAUAUAAUAUUUACUCGAACAAAUGCGUUCAUAAAGCAAUCAGACGUAUGACUAUAACCGAUCGCAACAAACACAAAAAAAUUAUAAUCGCCAAUAACUAUUGCAAGCAACAACAAAUAAUAUAAAUAUAAUAUAUAAUUUACUGUAUAAAAGCUAUAAAACGGCAGUUAAGCUAUGUAUAUAAUAUAUAUAUAUAUAUAUGCAUGUGUGUGUGUGUGUGUGUGCAGUUGAGCCACGCACCUUUGACCGAUCGAUCCCAAGCCGCGAACAAUUUUUCUGUUUAUAAUGAGCGCGAUUUUCUAUUCUAAUGCAUCCAUUCAAGGCGUGUGCACACGUACUUGUAUGUAAAAGUGUUAACUUCGACUCAAAAAUCUUUGAAAGUAUGCUAAUAUAUAAACAUCAUUAGUCACUCGGAUUUUUCGUACGUUUUUCUAAAGAAAAGGCUAAGUUUCGUCAGAGCCGCCGUGGUUUUCUCACAAGUGAUUCAGUUUACAUUUCAGGAAUUCCUAAACAUCACUGCAUUGAGUUCGCCACGCUUGGCUGAGGGAGGUCCCCUCAACUGCCCUUUUACUGUUGCGCUGUACACUGCCGAAGCUCCCGCGCAUGCAAUGAAUCGUUAGCGGCGCGAGAUGACCAACCGAUCUACCGCUUUGUAUUGAUCUCUCAGCUGGUUUUGUAACUAUUCGCAUUUCAGUCGCUCACUGUAAUUGUCAUGUGUCGCUCAUGACCAAUAUUUUAAGCUUGUUUGCUUUUUGAGUUGCGCGUGAGUGCGCCAAGUAUUAACAAAUGAAUUAAGCAAAUUAAAUUGUACAUAAAAAUUAUAAUUUUGUAAUUAAAAAUAAUUUAUAUUGUAUUUGUAUCACGAGCAGUGUAGUUGUGCGCGUCGAUCGAUUCGGUGUUCGAACGAGUGAUCAUUUUGAGCGUAACGAAAACUAGAAGUAAUCUGCAUCAGUUGAUUAAUAUAAGUGCAGCUUACACAAACUGAAACUAGACCAUUAACAACAACAACAACAACAAAUAGCAAAGAUGCCAACGCACGCCGAAAAUAAUCAUAAAUAUCUUCUGAAUCUAAUCACAGUUUUAACUGUUCUAGUGCAAGGAACGUGUGGUCAAUCGUUUUUGCUCAGUUUGGGACAAAAUCAGCGAAACUUUUUUUCGGAAGGCAAUUCACAUGAGACGUUUUUGAAUCAACCACUUAACGAACGUCUAAAUUAUACGGAUACAGUAUCAAACAUACAUUUUGAAACCCGUGAAGAGUUUGACGAUAACAACACCACGAUAAUUGUUAUUAAGAGUACAGUACACGAACAAUCCAACGAAUUGUCACAAACUGCCAUGGACAUCAUAACCAUUGUUUGGUAUGUGGCCACAUUUCUGGCGCUGGCGGCCUUCUUCUUGCUCAUGGCCUGCUCGGACAGACGCUGCACAGAGAACAGAGGCAAUGUGCUGCGCAACGAAGUGCCCAUUGCACCGCCCACACCCUCCCCAUCGUACAGCGAAUUUGCACCGCCCAGCUACGAGACAGUGAUCAAAAUGCAACACGACGCCAAAACCAGCGUGUUCGUUAUACCUUUCGCGCCCAUCGAUCCAUCAGCGAACAAAGAUGUGAGCAAUAACAGUAAUGGUGGCGGCGUUCACACACCGCAGACACCAACAACGCCAGCAAUAAAUUUCUACACAGUGAAUGAGUUGGAGAAAUUCAGUUGUUAGUUCGACAGAUGGACUAACGGUCGCCAAUAUGUACACAUGUAUAUGCAUUUAAUCGAUUUAAAUGUGACAGCAUGUGUCAGUAUGAAUCACACCAGGCGCACGUAAGGCCACACUUAAGAACAACGUAAUGUAACGUAAAGCGUUUUCUUAUAUGACAAAGUCAAUUUGUGCCGUGAUAGCGCUAUCUGGUAGCUACUUACUUGGAUAAUUGUGUAUAUAGAGCAUAUAUAUAUAUAUUUACAUAUUUACAACGUAAAACGAAUAAAUUUUUCUCAAAAGAACUGUGAUAUUAGUUAAAGUUGCGUCUAAUUGUAUUUUUUAAUACAUAUUUAAGCAAGCUCUGUUAUUAUUAUGGAUUGCAAGUGAGUGGGAAUAGCAAAAACAACAAAAAUAACAAUAGCCAUAAGUGCACAUAUGUAUAUAAUUACAAUACUUUUAUAAAUGAAAAGAUAGACAGCACAUGUACAUAUAUAUUUCUUUGUAAAUAAUAUGCUUACAGAUGCAUCGUUUCUAUUUGCGUAGCGUCAAUUACGUUACAUAAUACCAUGAAAUCGCUAACUAUGUGUAUACAUAAAACGACUUAGAAUUACUUAGAUUUGUAAGUAUGUAAGCAAAAGACUGAAUUAUUUGCGAAGAUAUGCAAAAACCAUAUUUUUCACUAUAAUUAGUCGGUGCUUUAAGUUUUGCUAUUUAUAAAAGUGUUUAUUUGAAAUGAAAAAACAAAUAUGUUAAACAAAUAAUAAUUUUUACUUUUUGUAUUUAAUGCAAUUAUGUGCACAAGGUGCGAACAAGUAUUAUGUAGUAUUUUAAGAAAAGAUAAUGAAAUGAAUUAAAUUGUAUAUAAAUAAAUUGAAUGAUAAUUAAAGAUGGCA